GAUGACUUCAGAAAAUGCAGGUGGUAGUGGAAGCAUUCCAAAUGUUGAGACUAUAGACGAUAAAAAACGAAUUGCGCAACUUGAACAUGAAAUUUUUACCGUUUGUAAACAAUUGGACGAAAAAAGCGAAAAAUUGAAAGAAGUUCAGCAACAAAAUGCGCUUCUUAAAGAAAGGGCGAGUACUUUAGAAAAGGAUAAGCUUGACCGUUCAAAUUUUGUUGAGUCUGUUGUUCAGAGUCGUGACAAUCUUAUAUUCGAAAAGACUCAAUUGCAAAAUGACAAACUUGCUCUUGAACAAAGGAAGGGAGAACUUGAAAUGCAGAUUUCAAAAUUUACCAAUGACAAGCGGCGUCAUCUUGAUGAAAUUGAACAACUCAGAAAUUUGUGUGACACUUUAAGAACUGACAAAAUUCAACUUCAAGCACAAAUUGACGACUUUCAAUGCGAGAAGGCUGCUCUAGCUUAUGACAAGGAGCAAUGGAGUCAAGAGAAGCACAUUUUACUUUCAAGUAAGCAAUGGUACAUGGACGAGAUUUCCAAUCGUGAACAGAAAGUCAACGAAUUGAGAAUUCAAAAUAUUCGGGAAAAGUCGGAACUUCAACGGGAAAUUGCUCUUCUCAACGAGAAAAAUAGCGAACUUUCUCUUAAUGCUACGAGAACUUCUAAGGCACUUCAAGAACGCGAAGCUGAGUUUGCCGAAUUGAAAGAAAAAAUGAAAAAUGUUUUGGAAGAGAAUUCAACUCAAAUUAGCGAAUUAGAAGCUGAAUUAAGGACAAGGGAAAGACUUACUAAAGUUUAUAAGGAUUCGAUGGAAAAGGCUGAUUUGGAACUUUCUGAGGCUAGAGACAAUGAAUUUAGACUUGAUGAGUUGGUAAAGGAGAAGGAAGAAGCUUUGUUGGCAAUGUCAUCAGAAUUGCAAGAAGCCAAGGAAGUUCAUGAAAAAAUUUUGAAAGAAAAAGAUGAUGAAUUGAAACGUCUUUCAGAAGAAGUUACAAAAUCUACAGAAUUGUUGAAUGCUGGAUUUAGACUUAAUCGUCCAGAUGAGGACAUCGCUAGGAUCUCCCCAGCAGCCGCUGCAGCUAGUAGUCUUUUAAAAAGUGGCAUGUCUUUGACUGGAAUUUAUGCUGAACAUUGUCGUGUUGUCAGUGAAUUGGAAAAGAAAAAUGCAGAAUUUUCUAGUCUCGAGAAAUAUGUGACAGAACUUAUUCAGGAUUUGGAUUCGCGAGCACCAAAGUUCCUUGAACAACGCAAGGCAUAUGACCAAUUGUCUGAACGUAAUGAAUGUUUACAGUUGCAAAAGGACUUAUUGAGCAGCGAAUGUCAAAAGCUUCAAUCUAAAUCUGACUCUUUGACUCGUGAGCUUACUUUCACAAAACGCGAAUUGGAGCGUUAUCAGCGGGAGCAUAAUAUUCAACAAAAACAGAUUCAACGCUUCCUUUAUCUUUUUGAGAAAGGUUCUCUUUCAUACAACGACUCUUUAUUAAAUGAGAGCAUUGCUGAUGACGAUUAUCUUUUUGCUAACAUUAGCGAACUUCAAUCAAAGAAUAUUCAAUUGGCUGAGGAGGUUGAACGUCUUCGUGGGGAGCAGGAUAAGGCAAUUGAAAAUUAUCACAAUACUGAAAUUGAAUUAUUAAAACAAUCACGUAAUCAAUUGCAAGAAGAAUUGAGCCGUCUUAAAGAGAAUUUCAGCAAGCAAAGCACGUUGGUCCAAGAAUUGACUAUGCAAAGAGAUCAAUAUAAAAAAUUGUAUGAUCAACUCAACAAUGCAAAUAGUAAUGGAAUGAGUUCGAAUGAAUCGACAGCUUCGGAAUCUACACAACCUAAUUUAAUCCAGCAACCGACAAUUAAGAGCCUUCAAAUGGAAAUUAUGAUGUGGAAAACAAAGUCUGAAAGAUUGCAAGAAACUAAUAUAUUUUUGAAUGAAGAUCGUCAAUCUCAUGAAAAGAUUCUCAAUGAUCGUCUUGACCAACAACUUGAACAAAUUUCUACUAUGCGUACAACAAUUGGCAAAUUGGAAAGCGAUCUUGAAUUCCAAAACAAAAAUCAACAAUUGUUGGCUAAACAAAUCGAUUCUUAUUCUCAUGACUUGAAUCGUUUAAAUAAGCAACUUUCUGAAUCCAAACGUCAAGUUGAAUCGUUAGAAAUUAGAAAUGAUUCUCUUACAAAUCAAUUGCUUGAAAAGCAGCAACGUCUUUCAACACUUGAAGUACAAAAUCAUUCUUUGUCUGAGGAACGUGCCGUACUUACAAGUCGUGAUCAGCGUUUGCAAGCGGAGUUGGAAAUUUUGAGACAAAACCGUUAUAGUACAGAGCGUGUUUCAACUUCAAUUCAAGAAAUGGAAUUAUUGCUUAAACGAAUGGAAGCAGAAAAAUCACAUUCUAUGGAUAGCCAACUUCAAUCAGCUCUUUUGGAGCGUGAUAACCUUCGUCAACUUAUUGACAGCUUGAACGAACAAAACAAUCAACUUGUUAAUGGUCUUAAGAACAGUUUGAAUGUUGCUUCUAGUGAGCGUGACAAAGCUCAGGCCGAUGCUAAAUCAAUUCAAACUCGUUUGGACGCAAUUGAACGAAUUUAUGAACAGUUGAAGCAAGAACACGAAACAUUGAAAAAUGAAAUGGAACAAAUUCAGUCAACAGACACAAACCUCGAAGCUUGCAAGAAGGAAAUUCAGAAAAUGAAAAAUACAAUUGCGUACCAAGAAAAGCAGAUUGCUGAAUUUGAAAAUAAAUGUGAAGAAUUGAAUGGAGCAAUUGAAAGAAAAGAUAAGCAACUUGAAGAGAUGUGCCGUUUGGGGACAAAUAUGGAGGGAACAAUUCAGUUUGGUAAUGUGGAGAGACAGCGUAUGCAGGCAAUUCGUGAACAACUUGAGGAGGAAAUGAACAAAAAUAAAUUAUUAAUAGAAGACUUGAGAAACGCUGUUUCAAUAAAGGAAAUGGAAUUACUCAGCCAGACGAAAAAUUUGACUGAAACUAACAACAAACUUGACGAAUUAAAUGCAAAAACCGAACAAUGGAUAGUUGAGAAGGACAAAGAGACACACGAAUAUAAACGUGUUAUUGAUCAACUUCGCCUUGAGAACGAAAAACUUCAAAGCGAUUUUGAGAGGGUCAAUUCAAAUUGUACUGACUUUUCUGAAAAUAAUUUGAGAUUGACUACUGAUUUGGCUAAGGAAAUCUCGAAGAGUGAAACCUUGACUCAACAAAUUGCCACUUUAGAGAAGGAUUGCCAGGAUAAGUGUGAGAAGUUCCAAAAAUCGAUUGUAUGUUUUUAG